AUGGCAUCUUUGAUACCUGCCCGAGCGGCCAGGACCGCUCUUUGCUCUACAUGUCGCUUCGCCUGUCCCAGCACGACCGUUGUACCUGCUACAAUCAUCGCCAGGCGCGGACUGUCGACAACAACCGAGCAAGCACCAGUCGACACUGCCGAUAAGCCGCGAUGGUCCUAUACUCCUCCAAGCGCAAAGGCUCCCUUCAGUCUGCGAUUCGACUCUAAGAGACGUGAAUUUCCCGUCAAUUCAGACCCGAAAAUUCUCGACCAAUUUUACAUCCGCAUGCUGGGCGCCGAUGGCGACAAGGUUCUCUCGGAGGAGGUAAAGUGGCUGGCUGUGACACAUAAGAGCUUCGAUCAAGGACGGAGAGGCUUUAAUGAUCGCUUGGCUUUCCUAGGGAAACGGAUUGUUCAAUUACAGGCCUCUCUGGCUUUAGUGCAGAACCCCGGAAAUGCCAGCACCUCUACCACUCCUGAUCCUUUCGGUCGCGAACCCUUUGCCCACCCGGCCCUGGACGGCCUGAACAACCUCUCACCUAGUACAAAGAGCUUCCUUACAAGCAAGUCGAAGCUCGCAGAGCUCGCGCAGAAGUACGAGUUACAGAAGGUCCUGAGGUGGAGUCCUCGAAAGCCAAACAACCUCGCCAGCUCUGGAAUCGAACUUGUGCUUGCCCAUACGAUGUAUGCAAUUAUCGGUGCUAUUGCCCUCGAGAAGGGCGGACACGUCGCCAACAAGGUGGCACGAGAGCGGGUAUUAGCACCUCUAGGUCUUAAGACGACAGCUUAA